AUGGGACAAACCGUCGCUACGCCCCUGAGCCUCACUCUCGACCGCUGGUCAGACGUAAAAGGCCGUGGCAACAAUGAAGGAGUCAUCAUCAAAAAGAAUAAAUGGACCACCCUCUGCGAGGCCGAAUGGGCUCUCAAGCCUUCCGUCCUCCCCUCCGACCUAGACUCUCCCCUCAUUGACCUCCUAACAGCUGAGCUGCCGCCUUAUCGCGCGGCACCGGCCGCGCCAGCCGCGGGACCGGAAACAGGGACGCCGGCCAUCGGAGGGGCAGCAGCCCCUGAGAAGAUGGCAACUGGCGGGGACACAGGGGGGACCCCGGCUCCCUCACCCAUCGCCGGUCGCCUUCGGGCCCGCCAGGAUGACACCCCCCUGGAAUCCAAGGCCUUUCCCCUCAGAGAAGGGCCCGGCCGCCAUCUCCAGUACUGGCCAUUCUCGGCCUCUGAUCUCUAUAACUGGAAACAAUUUAACCCCCCGUUUUCCAAAGAUCCUGUGGCAUUAACCAACUUGAUUGAGUCUAUCCUAUCCGCCUUGGUCCAGGGGGCCACCGGUAGUAGGAGAUACCGGUGGACGACUGAAAGAAAAGUCCAGUUGGCGUCGGGGCAAGUAACCCAUUCUUUCCUACAUAUACCCGACUGCCCUCACCCGUUGCUGGGCCGGGACUUACUGACCAAAUUAAAAGCACAGAUUUACUUUGAUGAAAGAGGACCCACGGUCACGGGGCCUGGGGGAACCCCUUUACAAGUCCUCGCCCUAAAUCUGGAAGAAGAAUACCGCCUUUUCGAGCCUGAGCCCCCUGAAGAACCACCGGGUGAGAUGCAGGACUGGCUAGACAGGUUUCCACAGGUAUGGGCAGAAACAGGAGGCUUGGGGCUUGCGCACGACCAGCCGCCCCUCGUCAUUUCAUUGAAGGCCUCCGCAGCCCCAAUCUCAAUCAGACAGUACCCCAUGUCUCGGGAAGCGCAGGAGGGGAUUAAACCCCACAUCCGGCGGCUAAUAGACCAGGGAGUGCUCAAACCCUGCCGAUCUCCCUGGAAUACUCCCCUCUUACCCGUCAAGAAACCAGGCACGGGGGAAUUCAGACUGGUCCAGGACUUAAGGGAGGUCAAUAAGCGGGUAGAAGACAUACACCCCACAGUACCUAACCCCUACAACCUCCUCAGCACCCUCCCACCGACCCAUACUUGGGACCCAGAAAUCGGGCUUUCAGGACAGCUGACCUGGACCCGGCUCCCUCAAGGGUUCAAGAAUAGCCCAACACUCUUUGAUGAGGCCCUCCAUGCAGAUCUAGCCGGAUUCCGGGUAGAGCACCCAACCUUGACUCUGCUCCAGUACGUAGAUGACCUCCUCUUGGCCGCCAGGAGCCGGACCGAAUGCUUGGAAGGAACUCAGGCUCUGCUGACCAGGCUUGGGGAGAAGGGCUACAGGGCCUCAGUCAAAAAGGCCCAGAUAUGCCAAAACAAAGUUAUCUAUUUGGGCUACACCCUGGAGGGAGGGCGAAGAUGGCUGACCGAGGCCAGAAAAGAGGCAAUUGUCUCAAUCCCCCCUCCCAAGGGCCCUCGGCAAGUCCGAGAAUUUUUGGGCACGGCCUUGCUGCUAGAUACCGACCGAGUGACUUUCGGCCCCACAGUCUCCCUCAAUCCGGCCACCCUACUACCCCUGCCUGCCUCCUUGGGGGAGCAUGAUUGCCUCCAGAUCCUGGCGGAAGCGCACGGUACCCGUCCAGACCUGACCGAUCAACCAUUAAAGGACUCAGACUAUGUCUGGUUCACGGACGGGAGCAGCUUCCUCGAGGAAGGGACGAGAAGAGCAGGAGCAGCUGUCACCACUGAGUCAGAGGUGGUCUGGGCCUCGCCGUUGCCGGCUGGAACAUCGGCCCAGAGAGCGGAGCUGAUCGCACUCGCCCAGGCCCUCCGGAUGCAAGUGACCUCUAGCUGUCCAGCAUGCACCCAAGUGUACCCCGGAAAGGCCCACUUGGGCAAGGGAACCUGCCUAAGGGGCCAUCGCCCUGGGACUCAUUGGGAAAUAGAUUUCACAGAGGUAAAGCCCGGACUCUAUGGCUACCGUUACCUCCUGGUUUUUGUGGACACCUUUUCUGGAUGGAUGGAAGCAUUCCCCACCAAGAAGGAAACAGCCAACGUCGUGGCCAAAAAGCUGUUGGAGGACAUUUUUCCCAGAUAUGGGAUGCCCCAGGUAAUGGGGUCAGAUAAUGGGCCUGCCUUCGUCUCCCAGGUAAGUCAGAGGGUGGCCAGAUUGCUGGGGAUUGAUUGGAAGCUUCAUUGUGCAUACCGGCCCCAGAGCUCAGGACAGGUAGAACGAGCUAAUAGAACCAUUAAGGAGACUUUGACCAAAUUAACGCUUGCAACUGGCUCUAGAGACUGGGUGCUCCUACUCCCUUUAGCCCUUUACCGGGCCCGGAAUACCCCCGGACCCUAUGGUUUGACUCCCUUUGAAAUUAUAUAUGGGGCCCCCCCACCUAUUGUGAAUUUCCUUCAUCCUGACAUUUCGUCCUUCGCUACCAGCCCUACCUUAGAGGCACACCUCCAGGCCCUCCAGCUGGUACAGAAGGAAGUUUGGAAACCUCUGGCAGCAGCCUACCGAGAGCAACUGGACCACCCAAUAGUCCCUCAUCCCUUCCAGAUCGGGGACUCCGUCUGGGUUCGGCGACACCAGACCAAGAAUUUGGAACCACGGUGGAAGGGACCAUACACCGUCCUGCUGACCACACCAACCGCUCUCAAGGUCGACGGGAUUGCUGCCUGGGUCCACGCCUCCCACGUGAAGGCUGCUAAGGAGAUUGACCCGACCAGCGCCAAGGAGUCCACAUGGAAGGUACAGCGCACUCAAAAUCCACUGAAGAUA